AGGGCUGCUCUACUGUGAUUGAAAGGCAAGGUGCGUUCAAGGUCCUAACAUGCGUAAAUCAUCAUUAAUGUUUUCAUUCAUCUACUUAAUUAGGCAAGUCAGAACAUUAUUCCACACUUCUACUUGGACACACACACACACACACACACAGACAGCCCCACACCAAAACACGUGCGCACACACAGACACAGAUGCACGCACGCACGAAAGCACACACACACACACACACACACACACACACACACACACACACACACACACACACACACACACACACACACAAUCACACACACACACACACACAAUCGCACACACACACACACACACACACACACACACACACACACACACACACACACACACACACACACACACACACACACACAUACACACACAUUGGAUGACACCUUGGAACUCUGAUUCUGGUUCAACCUGAUCCACAAAGGCACAUCUCGGUCCAUGUUUCUCAUUAUGGGACUGGAACAAACGACUUAGACUGAGAAACAAUUAGUGCGUCCUUCCCCAGAGCGCUGCAUAAACACAUGAGUGUAGCCCGUAUAUAACGCAGGGGAGAAGAUGGGGAUGGACAGACUCACAGAGGACCAAGGGGAACCUGCAGAGACCAAGAAAAGGAAGAAGACGAAGAAGAAGAAGAAGAAGAAGAAGAAGAAGAAGAAGAGAUGGCGGACAGAAGAUCACAAGGAACCAGUGUCUGCCUUACAGUGCUGAGCAUCAUGGCCGCCUGCCAGGCCGUCCCGGUCAGCGACCUCCUGGACCGGGCGUCCCAACGCUCUGACACCCUGCACUCUAUCAGCACCUCGCUCACCCACCACAUGGACAGUCACCUGCCCUCCGUGGGACGUCUGCUGAUGCCCCGCCCCAACAUGUGCCACACCUCGUCCCUACAGACGCCCAACGACAAGGAGCAGACUCUGAGCGUGAGCGAGGCGGAGCUGAUGUCCCUGGCCCGCUCGCUGCUCCAGGCCUGGGUCCACCCGCUGCGGAUCCUGUCCCAGGAGUCGGGCUCGCUGCCCGCCGCGGCCCAGGGCCUGGUGUCCACCCGGCUGCUGGAGCUGCUGGACCACGCCUCCAGCCUGCAGGACGGCCUGGACGUCCUCUCCAGCAAGAUGGGCCCCGCCUCCCAGUACCUGUCCUACCUGCCCUACCACGGGGGGCCCGACCUGGGCGAGGACAACCCCUCCAAGCUGGUCAACUUCCACUUCCUGCUGUCCUGCUUCCGCCGCGACUCCCACAAGAUAGACAGCUUCCUGAAGGUUCUGCGCUGCAGGGCGGCCAAGUCCAGACCCGAGUCCUGCUAGGCUAGGCCAACGAAUGACCGGCGCUGGAAUGAUGGACAGAUGAACCGGCGGAAACUGGCUGCACUUUAGUCUGACUCUUACACUCACUCCCUUCAUGUGAUGGGAACCAAACACCUUGUGCCUGUUACUGCUUGAAUUUCAAUAAAUACUUUUUUUU